AGUACGUUCACCUAAAAGAUCCGGUUCUUUUGAACGAAUCGUUCGCGAACGAAACAACACUACCGGAACGUUCGUGGUGUUGCGUGUUCUUGGUGGGAACAUUUAAGAAGACGGAGUACCUUACCGAUCGUGUAGCACUCGGUGCUGGUUUUUUAUUUGUAUAUCUCAAUUUCAUGGAGUAUACUCAUCGUAUAGCAGUUUGUAAAGGUUUCCACUGAACGCGGAGAUAGAAAUAUCGCGAUGAAUGCCGUCUUUCGAAAGGUAAUCUCGUUUUUAAAGUCCUAAUGGUGAAUGUUUCUGUUUUUACAGAGGUCAUCCAGUAGUAAUCGUGGUAUAACUCACAGCUUACAAAAAUCAGAUAUCCACUAUUCCAAGGUAUCAAAAUAUUGUGGAAGAGUCCGGUUUCUUGUCAGUUACUUAAGCCCGGAAAGAACAUGGACCAACUGAUAAACUCAGAACACCUGCGAAGGUUCACGGAGUCUGUAAAAUCUGACAUUAAGACAACAGCUGAACUUUAUUUUGUAUUUUAUUUUUGUUCUGGUCUAGUUGCAGCAGUCAUCUGUAUUAAAUCAAGCUCUGACAUUAUGCCGGUAAGUCUUUGCUUUAUAAAUGUUGGAAAGCCUUUUCAUUCAUGUUUAACCCUUAUCUAUCAUGACAUCUAUCACUUUUUAUUUAUUUAAAUACUGUUUUGAAUAACUCACUUGUCCCAACUAUGUGAAAAAAAAAUCACAUCAUGGUUUAGUGUAAGCGUAAUAUCUUUACGAUAUGGGGAAUCUCCGUUUUCCAUACUGUCUCUGACUCGUGCUUUUAUUUUGAAAGGGCCACGCCGUGCGUCGGGCUUCCUGUCUUGGGUAAGUGUUUAAAAACUGCAAAUCUCUUUGUUAAAAAUAUGACUGUGCUCUAUCUAUCUAUCUAUCUACACACAUAUGAUGUUGACGUGAGUGAACAGACUGUGAUUAUGACCUCCGUGUUUUUCCACAGCCUCCGUGAACACAAGACAGCACAGAUCCAUGCCAACACACGGGAUUGGGCGAUGGGGACACCUCGUAACUAGGGAACCAGUAAGUCUAUGAGAGCAGAUGACACUUGGGAACAAAUUUAUUUUAGCAGCAAGAGGCUGUUCGGCUGUUUUCUUUGGCACCCUCUACUGGAUGUUGAAAGAACAACUUCAACCAUCUCCGACCUUCAGUUAACUGUUUUUUUUUUCUUUUGUUUUUCAGCCAAAGAAGAAGAAAGACAGACACCAGAUGAAGCCGAUACUGCCGGCUACAGACACAGCAUAUGGGACUCUGAAUGUGAUAGUGUCGGGUUAUGACCUGGUGAUAGUGGAGCAUUACUCACAGUACAUCCACAACCUCUGCAACCGGCUUGGCAUCAAAGUGUCAGAAAGGUGAGGACGGUUCAGGUUUCUAAACCUCGGAUCUGAGUUUAUUUGUUUUUUUUUAACAAUGAAAACAGGUUUGACGAGAAACCAAAGUAGGAAACUAAAGUUACAGCCCGAAAAAGUAAUUUAAGACCGCAUCCUGGUCCGAGCAGAGACAGGAUUAACACAUUUCAUUUUCAACAAACUCUUCAAAAUAAAAGUCUCCAAUUAUAUGUAUUUGAAAAACCUUUAUUCUGAAACAGCCACCUUGAGAAAUGGCAGUACCUCAGUUGCACUACCCUAAGUUAAUUUUAAAAGAAUAAGAGAAAGCGUAGCUGAACUUUAACUUCCGACCCACUUAGACGAUAAAAAGGUGACAUUCGUACUGGCAGAUGGUUAACGGUAAUACGAAGAAUAUUCCCCUUUGUGUCUGCAGUUACGCUCUGCCAACCAAGAGCACAGAGGUCAUGCUGAUGCAGGAACAAGGCACCAAGAUGUACGUCGAAGCCCUCCUGAAGACCCACCAGAGAGUCGUCCAGGUAUCUGCCUGUGGUCACCCUCUUCCUGUUUCGCUGCUCCGUUGACUUCCUUGUGAUGUUUAACUGUGAUUUUACCGUGUUUGUGCAGUUGAGCAGUCUGGACGCCUCACUCUGUCCUCUUUUCAUGGAUGUUAUGUUAAAGUGUCAACCAGAAGGAGUUCAGCUCGCAGUGAAAGUGGUGAGUCAGCAGUUUUUUUUAAAUGUCACUACAUCGUCUUCAAUAACUAAACCGAACAAACCCUUCACAGUGUCUGGAUUGAUAUACUUAAAGUAAUGUUUCCACUUCUGCUCUCAGCACACGGAGGCCGAUUACCACGCUCGCUUCAAGGCUCGUCCAGAAAUGGAGGGGCUAAUGACUAAGUUACGCCACUAGCAGCUGUGGACCACAGGUGCUGCUCUGUUUAUUUAUUGUCCACUUUCUCUCUGUGACUGUGUGCAUUUACACUGACUGUAAACUGUACGUUCAACUCCUCUAGGAGGUUUCUCGUAGAUGAAACAUCAUCGUCCGUACCUACGAGAGUGAUAACGAGUUUGUAAUAAAGAAUUCAAUAACCUCA